AUGUGCAAACGCGAUCAUCCGGAGGUGGACCAGGAGGCGUCUAGGCAAGCGCUCAUCAAGGCAGAAACGAUAAUCAUGGAGGGUCUCCGCAUACCUCUGCAGCCUGUUCCCGUUAUCGACGACAACGGAUACAUCUGCGUCGACCCUCCCGUGGACAUCCGAAGAGAGCUGCUAGACCACAAGGAGAAGUUCGCUGUGAUUGAGCACGACAUACAAGUUCUGACGGCCAAGAUCGAGUAUCUGGCCAUCCGCAAAGGCGUGACGUUGGACGAGCUGGACGCAGGGGCGCGCCAACACCUUGGUGCCGUGGUAACCCCGGGCGGGUCGCAAGCAGCGGCCGGGUGGGAGUUAUGUGGAACGCAGAGAAGCAGAGGUACUACGUCCGGAUCAUAUCUGCUCGCCGUCAGCAGGUUUCGUCUGGGGUCGUACGAGGACAAGGACGAGGCGUCAUACGCGUAUGCUGCGGCAGCCGUUGUACUUCGCCCGAACUCACGCAUCAGCUGCACAGUUGAGCUGUCCGACGCUGACAGGCAGGCUUUAGCCGGUUGCACAGAGGAGAUCCUAAGGCUACUCGUGAAGUACAGGCGCUGGAACAGAUGGAGGGAGUGGCGUGCCGCAAUGGCUGGCCUGGACGACGCGCAGGCGGUCGAGACCCGUUCGCGGCGAAAGGGCAGAGCGUCCCGGGCCAGUAGUGACGUUGAGGAGGUGCAGGCGAUCACGCCGACUACAGAGGACCAGCCUAUGGCUGAAGAGCCAGAGGACCGAACAGAGGACUACACGGAUGACGACGAGUCUGUUGACGAUGAUGCUGUGUAUGAACCUGGAUCCGAUACUUUCGGCGAAGAUGAUGGAUGGGAGGAUGUCAACCGUGCAGAGGGUGUUGCAUGA